AUGGUAGAGGACAAAAAGUAUGAAAUUGGCAGCCGUAUCGAGUGUGAUGGACAUAGAGGUACUCUAAAAUAUGUUGGUCCCGUUGGUAACACUAAAGGUCAGUGGCUUGGUAUAGACUGGGAUGAUUGUACUCGUGGUAAACACAAUGGCACAUAUGAAGGAGUAGAAUAUUUUAAAGCUAGGCAUCCUACAUCAGGUUCAUUUAUACGCCCAGGUAAAGCAAAAUUUGGAAUUUCCUGUCCACAAGCUAUUAAAAUCCGUUAUGGUCUCAUCAAUGAUGAGUUAGCAGGCAUUGAUAGGGACACAUUAACAAGUUUGCAAAAAGAGAUUAAUGCUCCCUUUUUGGAAGUAGUUGGUUUUUCCAAAGUAAAUAAGAAGCAAAGUAAAUUUGACCAAUUAAAAAUAGUGUGGCUCAGAGAUCAAUAUGUUAGUGAGGCUGGUAAUUCUGGUGAACUAGAAGAAUUGUGUCCAAAUCUGGAAGAGUUAGAUAUAUCUAGAAAUUUAAUUAAUAGCUGGAGAAUCAUUGCAGAUAUCUGCUGUCAGCUUCAUUCUCUUAUUCGCCUCAAUGUUAGCGAAAAUUAUUUACCAACUGGAGAAAAUAUGAAAACAUUGAGCAACUCAUUUCUAAUGGUUGAACAUUUGACCAUGGCAAAAAUGAAUUACAAUUGGUUUGACAUUCAACAAUGUUUAUGCAUGUUCCCAUCUAUUCAAGAACUUUCAGUUUCUUUUAAUAUGAUCAGCAUUAUACAGAAACCACUAGAAGAUGAAAACCUCAUGAAAAUAUCUAGAUUAACACUUGAAGGGAAUUUGAUAUCCAAUUGGGAUGAAAUCCUCAAAUUGGGUUCACUUCCACGCUUAGAAUACCUCAAUUUAAAUUUAAAUAAAAUAGACAAAAUAAGAUUUCCAUCUACUAAACCAACAGCAAAAACUCCAGCCUUCCCAGUUUUGCGACAGUUACAUCUAUCGCAAAAUAACAUAUCGGAGUGGCAAUAUGUAUCAGAACUAGAGAAGAUUAAUAAUUUAGAAGAGCUGAAAUUUAGAGAAAAUCCAAUUUUGAAAGACGAAAAUUUAGAGACCACGCGUCAGCUAAUAAUAGCAAGAAUUUCCAAAUUAAAAAUUUUAAAUGGCACUGAAAUAGUGCAUGACGAAAGACGAGGUGCAGAGUAUGAUUACUUGAAACUGUAUUUGUCAAAAUGGAUUGAAACAGAAAAUGAUUCUGAAAAAAGAAAUGAAUUUUUAAGUGAACAUCCUCGAUAUCCGUCGUUAGUUGAAAAAUAUGGAAUUUCUGAUAUCCCAUCAGCUAAACCAAAAGUGGAAAUGAUUUCUAACGUGAUUACAGUAGAGUUUGUGUGUCCGGAUCAUGCAAAUCAGCCUAGGGGGGUUAAAAGGAAACUUUUAAAAGACAUGGAAGUUCAAAAAGUUAUUGGACUUGCACAGCGACUCUUUAGGACAGGAGGAAAAAUACCAUCACUAUCGUUUAUACAACAUAAUCUAUCCAAAGAUGAAAUUCCUUUGGAUAAACCGCUUCAAGAACUCAGCUAUUACUCAAUACAAGACGGAGAUCAAGUUCUUGUAAGGUGGUGAUACAAAAUGAAUUGUUCAUAGAUGUAUUUUGUACACUGUUAAAAUUUCACCACCGUACUUUGUUAUUAAACUUUUUUAA